AUGGAAAGACCAACAGUAGGGAAGAAAAUUGCGAAUGUAUAUCUCAGGCAAGGAUCCGGAACAGAUUGUCAAGAGAAUCCAAACCCAAACACAGCAACCACAUCGACAGUGGACGACCCGGAUUCCACAGAAAUAAGCAUUUUCGACGCCGAGAAGUACUUCAACGAACUAACCCUUCUGGAAGCUCAAAAGCCGACCAUCAUUAAUGGUGGCAACAGGGUUCUUCCGGCAGAGAACGUUAUCAUCGAGCCUCCGAGAUUCUCCUCGGCGUCGUCGUCAACCAUAGACGGUCAUUCAAGCUUUUAUCGGAACUACAGGACUCGAUCUUUCCGCUCCGCCGCCACCCCAACCGCCUCGUCGGAGGCCAGCUGGAACAGCCAGACGGGCCUCCUAUCGGUCCAGCCGGGAGCCAUGGCAGUGUCUCUUCGAAACCCUCUCUCUCCAACCGAAAAGAAAAGCGCCGGAAAUUUGCCGGCAUCGCCUUCUCCCUCAACGUCAUUUAGGUGGCUUAGCUUGACACGAAAAUGUCCUUGUUCUUGCAAUAAAUCUGUCCAAGUUAAGGAGAAAUCAGUCCAGAAAAGACCGGAAAAUUUACUGCCAGCACGAAUCCCGACAUCCUCAGCUGAAUGCCGGUUAUUGCGUAGCAGCCAAAUCCUUAGAGGUGUCUCAAAGACUUCAUCCAUGGCGGAAAUUAGGACGAUUUCCAUGCAAAACUGGUGUCAAACUACUCCUCUUCAGCGACGAAACUCUCGUGAAACAAGAUCACCGUUCUCGUCCUCUUCAAAUGAUCCUCCGAAAUUGCAGGUUUUGUACGAGAAUAACAAGGAUUUAGGUGGAUCGGCAAUCAGAAUUAGGUCGUCUUUUACGGAUCAUGGCAGUGGUGGCAAUUCUAACGCUACUGCUACUGCCGCUGGAUUUACAUUUCCAAUACUAAACGUAGAUGGCGGUAUACUACAAAAAAAUUCUGUGGAAGAUCCAUCUCGCGACUCCCUCGAAGUUUUCCGACCGUCCAAUGAUCAUCAACAACCGUCAACAAGCAGGAAGAACUCCGAUCAAUUCCCGAGAUCAGAUCGACCUAAUCAUCAGGUCUUCACGUUCCCUGCAAGUCCUAGUACUCGGAUGAAAAACGUCGACGUCGACGACGUUGCCAGUGAUGCCAGCUCCGACUUGUUCGAGAUAGAAAGCUUUUCGACUCAGACAACGACAACGACGAUGACGACAACAACGGCCACUCCGGCUCACCCGCCGCCAAUCUUCCUUUACAGGAGGGACUCCAUGGAGGAAGCUGCUGCAGCUUCUUCCAGCUUCCAAGCUUUCCGCAGGCUGGGGCCAAGCGCCGUCGUAGAGGGUAUGUACGACGAGCCGAUGACGCCAACGACAGAGUGCUUUUAUGAGCCAAGCGAGGCAAGUAUCGACUGGAGCGUGACGACGGCGGAGGGGUUUGACCGAGCGAGCAUAGCGAACGCAUCGGAGGCUGACUAUGGCGAUUUCGCUGCAACAGAAGUUCCGGUGCCGGAGAAGAGUAGGCGUAAGUCGUCCGGAAAUGGAGGAUUGCUGAUGAGCUGCAGGUGCGAGAAGGCCGUGAGUGUUGGCCAUCCGGGCCCACGGCCCGUGAAGCUGGCUGGGCCCAUGCUGGGUGGUUAUGCCGGGGAUCAGCAACAUCCAGUGGGUCCCGGGAUAUCGAGCUCCACAAUGGCCAUGUGGGCGGUGGGGCACAAGCUGUGA